ACCGGCUACGUUCGAUCAGCCUGGUUAAUUAUUCAAAAUCCUUUGUGCGGACAUGAGAGGCGGAAUAGAAAAUAGCUGGCUAAAUUUAACAGCAAGGUUGUUAAUUGUUCCGAGCUGUAACUCCCUCCAACUCCGUGUUUCCGACCAUCCUAACUUCGUUGUUUCAAUCGGUCGAGUAAAAUAAAAAAACAGUUCCCCCGAUUGAUUUGAUCGAUAACGUUGUUAAUUACUUCAAGUAGUAACGUCCCGCGGAAGUUAAAUUAAACGAUCAAAUUGCUAAUUAUUCCAAACAAGAGUGAAACGGUACGUCUGACCAAAUUCCGGGAUAAACUACUUGAAGCAUUUCCCUCGAAGUAAAAGGAGGGUUGAAAAAUGUUUCGUAAGCAAUUUAAUUUCCCUCAAAGAGAAUCUCUGAUUAUCGCAGAGUGGUUAGGAAAUAUACUAGGUCAGUUGAUUCGAAACAAACAACUCUAAUCACCCAAUUACUAUAACAUCCAUUGACGCUUUUGUUAAAUUUCUAUUCUUUUUAUCUUCUCUGAAAUAACUACGUAACAAUGGUAUAUAAAUAAAUAAAAUCGUACGGUUGGAAAGCGAAACGUUAGGUCGGAAGAAUGUCUGGAGUAGGUCGCUAGUAGUUAGCGAGGCACAGGUGUACCUCGUCCCGAAGGAGGCGAGGAACCAUCCUUGCUUCGCUUCGUCCUGGGCCGAGAAGUGCGCAGACGUCCUGCCGGUGGACGAGGAUGGUCGGAGUCGGAGGAAGCGCGCGUGGAGGCGCGAAACGCUGGUUGCCCGUGUCCGGAAGCAUCGAUGUGGGCUCUUGGUGAACGUCGAGGAGGGCCGGAGGCCGGAGGAGAGAACGAGCUCGAACUAGCCCGUUCACGAAGGGUGGAAGAGCGAGAGAAAAGGAUACGCGGUCGCGCAUGCGUUCCAUCAGCCUCCGGAACACGGCUGACAGAGAUCUAGAUGGAGUACGGAUCGGCUUGUGACGGGAGGGACAGAGAAGGACAGACGGAGGGAGGAGAAGAGAGGGAGAAGGAGGAACGUAUACACUGGUCUCAUAGGGCAGUCGUUCCUCCUUCGUCGUUCCUUCGCAAGGCGCAGACCGCUUUUUAACAAAAUUAUUCUGUAUACCCCGUGAGGGAGAGGAAAAAAAAAAAUAGGCUGCUUGGCUCGCGUUUCGCCUGUCAUCAGGCUGCUGCCGUUGGUGGAGGCGCAUUGACUGACUCGCGUGGUCCGUUCGUUCCGGGAUUCGGUGGUGUCUGCUGGCGUAACGUACAAGUGGUGGCUAAGUGGUGUGCUGCCGGCGAAGAAGCGAGAGGAGGAGGCGGUUGAAGAAGAAGAAGAAGAAGAAGAAUAAGAAGAAGAAGAAGAAGGAAGGCGACGUGGUCCUUUUCGUCGUCCACGAAUUGAGCCGAAUAAUGUGCAAUUGACGAAGAUCGCGCAGCGCAAGGAAUGGCCCCAUUCAGUUCCGUCUUCCUGGGCGUCUGGGGAGUGUUUGUGAUCGUUUUGAUACAAGAAUCUAGGCCCGUCAGCUGGGAAGAAUGGUGGACCUAUGACGGUAUUUCCGGUCCUGGCUUCUGGGGUCUCAUCAAUCCGGAAUGGUGGCUGUGUCACAAGGGCAGACGACAAUCACCGGUGAACCUGGAACCAUCCAGGCUACUCUUCGACCCGAAUCUACAACUCCUUCAUUUGGACAAGCACAGGGUCGGUGGUGUGCUCGCCAACACAGGUCACAGUGUGGUGUUCGCGGUGGACAACGACACGCGACAUCCGGUUAACAUAUCUGGGGGACCUCUCAGUUAUCGUUAUCAGUUCCACGAGAUCCAUCUGCACUUUGGACUGGACGAUCGGACCGGUAGCGAGCAUACCGUCGAUGGGCAUGCCUUUCCGGCGGAGCUACAAAUAUUCGGAUUCAACUCGCAGCUGUAUAACAAUUUCUCGGAUGCGUUGCACAGGGCGCAGGGCAUCGUGGCGGUGUCCCUUCUCCUUCAGGUUGGAGAUCUCUCGAACCCUGAGCUACGAAUAUUCACUGAACAGCUGGAUAAAAUCAGAUACGGAGGCCAGGCGAUGGAGAUUAAGCGUUUCGUGGUGCGGGAACUCUUGCCGGACACGAAAUAUUACAUGACGUACGACGGCUCCACAACUAUGCCGGCCUGCCACGAGACCACCACGUGGAUCAUCCUGAACAAGCCGAUAUACAUCACCAAGCAGCAGCUUCUCGCUCUGCGACAAUUAAUGCAAGGGGACAAGGAUCAUCCGAACGCGCCGCUUGGGAAUAAUUUCAGACCUCCGCAACCGCUUCAUCAUCGUCCCGUUCGAACGAACAUCGACUUUAAUGUUCAGGGACCGAAGAACUGCCCGACGAUGAAUAGAGACAUAUAUUACAAAGCUAAUAGCUGGAAAUAACCCCGUGGCGAACGACGGGGACGAUUGGCGUUCGCAUUUAACUACGCUUUCCCUGGGACGAGUUGGAACUACGCUGUUAAGAGGAUAAGAACUCACUGACAUAUCAAUUAAAAAAAAAAAAAAAA